UAACAAUCACUGAACUCCAUAUCUUUCUAAAUUCAGGUUAUGUUGUGUGUGUCCACUGGCGUCUUCCUACUAAUGUGUAGACAAUCAUACAUGUUCAAACCCAUACAGGUGGAAGUGAAGAUGUGGGGAAACACAGCUUCAAACGACCAGAACUUUCAAGACACUGAAAACAUAUCCUCAAGCAACAGGACGUUUCAAAUACUCUGGUAUAAUCCUCCUGCCUUUAUACGAGUUUAUCGCAAAGACGUCAUGUUUUGUGGAUUUUCCAAAUGCAAGUACCGCAAUUGCAAUAUGACUUUUAACAAAAUAGAUGCAAAUAUUAGCCAAGCAGUUAUAUUUGAUGGUCAAAAGAUGCCAAGGAAACUUGAUUUUACUCGUCCAGAUGGUCAAGUUUGGAUUUUUGAAGCUCAUGAAUCUCCUUUUUCAUACGGUGCAAAUGGUAACUGGUGGUAUAGAAAUAAAGAAUACUUAUUUAACUGGACAAUGACGUACAACAAGGAUAAUGCAGACAUAUUUCUACCUUAUGGAGAAAUACUAAGACACAAACACGAGAUUAAAAAGGACUUUAAAACCAUAGCUAAAAAUAAAAACCUAACACUAUUGAUGAUAGCAUCACACUGCCAAACGCAUUCUAAACGACAAGAAUACGUCAAAAUGUUACAGAAGUAUAUUGAUGUAAAGGUUCUGGGACAUUGCGGUAAAAGAUGGACCUGCGGAACUCGCUAUAAACAUGACGGAAACUGUUUUCAGCUUCUAAAUACAACUUUCAGAUUUUAUCUAGCGUUUGAGAAUGCUUUAUGCCAUCAAUAUUUUACAGAAAAGUUUUACGAAAACUUCGAUUAUGAUAUAAUUAUGUUGACACGUGGUGGUAGCCCUGGUGAAGCAAAACAACUUUUUCCUGAAGGAACAUACAUAGCAACAGAUGAUUUUAAGACUGUUAAGGAUCUUGGAAACUUCUUGAAGAACCUUAGUGUUGAUAAAUAUGCUGACCUUCUACAGAAAAAGAGUCAGUACUAUUCUCCAGGGUAUUUGAAGGUCUAUCAAAGAGCGAUGUGUAAUAUAUGUGAAAGAAUGAAUUUCAAGAACAAAUAUAGAAAAACUAUAAAGGAUAUUCAAAAGUGGGCAUUUGGACCUCGCACUUGCCUGCAAUCGAAAGAUGUUACAGAUAUUAAGUGAUUACAUAUUUACCC